AUAAAAGUUGUUUGUUGCACCAUUCAACCUGAAACUUUGCAGGAGAAGGAUGCAGCACUAGGAAAUGGUGGUCUUGGUAGGCUCGCUUCUUGUUUUCUGGAUUCAAUGGCAACACUUAAUUUGCCUGCUUGGGGUUAUGGUUUGAGAUAUAGAUACGGGCUAUUUAAACAGAGAAUCACCAGGGAAGGUCAGGAGGAAGUUGCAGAGGACUGGCUUGAGAAGUUUAGCCCCUGGGAAGUUGUGAGGCAUGACAUUUUGUACCCCAUCAGAUUCUUUGGUCAUGUCGAGGUUAACCCUAAUGGAAGCCGAAAAUGGGUUGGAGGAGAGGUUGUGCAAGCACUGGCUUAUGAUGUGCCAAUUCCAGGUUACCAAACCAAGAACACCAUCAGUCUUCGCCUGUGGGAGGCAAAAGCAAGUGCUGAGGAUUUCAAUUUAUUUUUAUUUAAUGACGGGCAGCAUGAUGCUGCUUCAGUACUUCAUUCACGAGCUCAACAGAUAUGUGCAGUUUUGUACCCUGGGGAUACCACAGAAGGUGGAAAACUUCUACGAUUGAAGCAGCAGUUCUUUCUCUGCAGUGCAUCACUCCAAGAUAUAAUAUCCCGAUUUAAGGAGAGGAGACAAGGGCCUUGGAACUGGUCAGAAUUCCCUACAAAGGUUGCUGUUCAGUUGAAUGAUACUCACCCAACACUUGUAAUACCAGAGUUGAUGCGAUUACUAAUGGAUAACGAAGAACUUGGAUGGGAGGAGGCAUGGGAUGUGACAUCAAGGACUGUUGCUUACACCAAUCAUACUGUCCUCCCUGAAGCACUGGAGAAAUGGUCUCAACCUGUGAUGUGGAAACUUCUUCCACGCCAUAUGGAAAUCAUACAAGAAAUAGACAAGAGAUUCACUGCAGUGAUAAGUACAACCCGGUUGGAUCUUGAGAGUGAGCUAGCCACCAUGCGCAUCUUAGACGAUAAUCCCCAAAAGCCAGUAGUUCGGAUGGCAAAUUUGUGUGUGGUUUCUUCUCAUGCCGUGAAUGGUGUUGCUCAGUUACACAGUGAUAUAUUAAAGUCGGAAUUAUUUGCAAAUUAUGUUUCAAUCUGGCCAACAAAGUUCCAAAAUAAAACCAAUGGGAUUACCCCUCGGAGAUGGAUUCAAUUUUGCAAUCCUGAGCUCAGUAGGAUAAUCACCAAGUGGUUAAAAACUGAUAAGUGGGUAACCAAUCUUGACUUGUUAACAGGUCUUCGACAGUUUGCAGACAAUGAAGAUCUGCAGGAAGAAUGGCUGUCUGCAAAGAUGGCUAGUAAGAAGCGUUUAGCACGGUUUGUUUUGCAGGUGACAGGGGAGAGCAUAGACCCGGAUAGUUUGUUUGACAUUCAAGUCAAGCGUAUUCAUGAAUACAAGAGACAGCUACUUAACAUACUUGGUGUGAUUUAUAGAUACAAGAAGCUAAAGGAAAUGAGCCCUGAAGAACGGAAGAAAUCUACUCCGCGUACUGUAAUGAUUGGAGGAAAGGCAUUUGCAACAUACACAAAUGCUAUAAGGAUUGUCAGGUUGGUGAAUGAUGUUGGCGCUGUUGUCAACAGUGAUCCUGAGGUCAACAGCUUUUUGAAGGUUGUGUUUGUUCCGAAUUACAAUGUGUCUGUGGCAGAAGUGCUAAUUCCAGGAAGUGAACUUUCACAGCAUAUAAGCACUGCAGGAAUGGAAGCAAGUGGCACAAGCAACAUGAAAUUUGCUUUGAAUGGGUGCCUUAUAAUAGGUACUUUAGAUGGAGCUAAUGUGGAAAUCAGGGAGGAGAUUGGUGAGGAGAAUUUUUUCCUCUUUGGUGCCACAGCAGAAGAUGUUCCUCGACUGAGGAAAGAAAGAGAGAAUGGACUGUUCAAACCUGAUCCUCGAUUUGAAGAGGCAAAGAAGUUUAUCAGGAGUGGAGUGUUUGGAAGCUAUGACUACAGUCCAUUGCUUGAAUCUUUGGAAGGAAAUUCUGGUUAUGGUCGUGGUGAUUACUUUCUUGUUGGUCAUGACUUCCCAAGCUACAUGGAUGCUCAGGCAAAAGUCGAUGAAGUGUAUCGUGAUAGGAAAAAAUGGCUAAAAAUGUCAAUCUUAAGCACGGCUGGAAGUGGAAAGUUCAGCAGUGACAGAACAAUUGCUCAAUAUGCCAAGGAAAUUUGGAACAUAGAAGAGUGCCGCGUGCCAUAAUUUCUGCUGCAUGUCCCUUGCAUGCAAGUUUAUGUAUAGCACAUAGAGAAUGAUAAAUUUAUAAGUAAUAAAAAAUAUGAAAAAAUAAUAUUCUGAAAAGAGAAAGUAAAGGAGACUUUUUUGCUUUCUGUUUAGCUUGUCACAAGAUUUCAGCUUUGUUCUUAUAUUAAAUGUUCUCUCAACCAUCUGCUUCUGAUAGAUAGCGCCCUCUAUAUGCAAAUA